UCCACAGCGUACGAUAGGCACGUUACCGUGAGCCGCGGCGUGAAAAAAGUCACGUAUGAAAAAAGUCGCGCGAUGCGAGCGUCCCGGGGAAAAGCAGCUCCUUACACGCGCGCGUGAAGCGGAAACGCGGAUGUAGCACAUGGAUUGUUUGGGUCUCAGGUGCGCGACGCUGCUGCUGGCGGUGACGCUCGCGCCGCUGGUCACAGCACUUAAGUGUGUGUGUCAGCUGUGCGCUAAUCACACCUGCGAGACGGAAGCCGAGGGUGCAUGCUGGAACUCGGUGAUGCUCAUCAAUGGGAAGGAAGAGGUCGUAAAGUCCUGCCUGUCCCCCAGUGAGCUGAAGGGACAGGUGUUCUGCUACAGCUCCAAAGAUGUGUCAAAACGCAACUGCUGCUUCACUGAUUUCUGCAACAACGAAACACUUCACUUACGCCCAGAAACAUCCUCUGAGGACUCUGACUGGGGACGACUCGAGUUGUCGGCUGUGAUCCUGGUGCCGUCUUGCCUGCUGUGUGUCGGUGUGUUUUUGUGUAUGUGUGUGGUCCGGAACCAGCGGUGCCUGCACGUUACGGGCCGAAACCAGGAUCCAGAGGAGCCACUGGAUGACCAGAGUCUUGUGUCAUCAGAGAAAUGCCUUAAAGAACUGAUUUAUGACAUGAGCACAUCAGGCUCGGGAUCAGGGCUGCCACUGCUGGUACAGAGGACAAUCGCACGGACCAUAGUGCUACAAGAGAGCAUCGGUAAGGGUCGGUUCGGAGAGGUGUGGAGGGGCAAGUGGCGAGGAGAAGAUGUUGCUGUGAAGAUCUUCUCUUCUCGAGACGAACGCUCUUGGUUCCGCGAGGCCGAGAUCUACCAGACCAUCAUGCUGCGGCACGAGAACAUCCUGGGCUUCAUCGCAGCUGAUAACAAAGAUAACGGUUCAUGGACUCAGCUGUGGCUGGUGUCGGAGUUUCAUGAACACGGCUCACUGUUUGAUUACCUAAACAGAUACACGGUGUCCGUGGACGGCAUGAUCGUCCUCGCACUGUCCGUCGCCAGCGGCCUGGCUCACCUUCACAUGGAGAUCAUUGGCACUCAGGGAAAACCAGCUAUUGCUCACAGAGAUAUAAAAUCGAAGAACAUCUUGGUAAAAAAGAACAGCACUGCGGUUAUCGCUGACUUGGGACUGGCUGUCAAACACGACUCCAGCACCAACACUGUCGACAUCCCGGCUAACCACAGAGUGGGCACCAGGAGGUACAUGGCCCCUGAGAUUCUGGAUGACACCAUUAACAUGAGCAGCUUUGAGUCGUUCAAGCGUGCUGAUAUCUACUCUCUGGGUCUGGUGUUCUGGGAGCUGGCUAGAAGAUGUUCAGUCAGAGGGAUACACGAGGACUACCAGCUGCCUUAUUAUGACCUGGUGCCUUCAGAUCCGUCGGUGGAGGACAUGAGGAGGGUCGUGUGUGAGCAGAAACUGCGGCCUAACAUCCCAAACCAAUGGCAGAGCUGUGAGGCCCUGCGAGUGAUGGGUAAGAUCAUGAGAGAGUGCUGGUACACCAACUCGGCUGCACGUCUCACUGCUCUGCGUGUGAAGAAAACCAUCUCUCAGGUGACGGUGCUCAAGGACGUUAAAGAGUAGCACACGCUCAAAGGUGCUGAUGACCGUUGAGUUACCCUCUCCAUCACUAAUCAAGGGACGACAUUUCAAAACUGUGUUUUGUGAUGCCAAACACUCCAGAGUGUAGCAGCGGCGCCUUCUCUCAGCUGAGUGACUGACAGUGAGACAUAUUGUGAUCCGCUCAAAGGAUUCUUGCUCCGUGCGAACCUGGUCUCAUUUAGAGAAUGCAGAGGUGUAGGGAGUAUGCAGAGAAACUGUGAACGUGUGUAAUGAGCAAGAAUUCAGUCACUAGCUGAAUGACUGAACACAGCCUAUGUACCUUUCUAACUUCUUUCCUGCUCAUGUUGUUUCUUCUUUGCAGCCUCAUAUCUCCUUUUGUUUCUCCUUCAUGUUUCUCCCACGUCCUCAAUCACCAGUUUUUUGUUAGCUUGACAGUUAAUAUGUGUUAAGAACGUAUACUGAGGUGCAGGUCACUGUGCACACUGUGUAUUAUUUACUGACCAUCUUAUCAGGUUAAACGACAAUAUAGAUCACUAUUGCUGGUCUAAAAGGACUAAAUGUAGCUCAUGUCAGUCUGCUUGAUUCCCCAUCUGUUAUUGAAAGGGACCACCAAUAGAUAUUUUGUACAGAUGUUAUUUGAAUGCAGACACAUUUUCAGAACAGCUGAGUCAGUGUGUGCGAUCCGGGUUUCUGUGUGUCAUUUGGUGCAGUAUCGCUGGGGUUUUUAUACUUCUCAGUGCCACUGCUGGAAGUCCACCAACCAAAAAUAUCCAGCCAACAGCCGUGCUGCAGUCAGAAACUGACGCUAAUGGCUAGUCAAUUAACACAACACGUUGCAAGUGUACAAAGUUGUUUUCUCAGUAUUCUCUGUUACGUUACUGUUCCCAUGGCAACGAAAGAUUUGAAGUGUGCUCAUGUUUGAAAUGAUUUGUUUUGGUCUCGUAUCCACGUCUUGUUGUUUAGAGUGCUCCUGAUUUAGCCCAUGAUUAGUUUGUCUAUAAAUCCCCUGUUGACUCCUUUGUCUUGUUGUGUAGUUUUGCCACGCUUUGAGUUUAAAAUGUAUAGCGAAGUUGUAGCUCACUUGUUAAGAUGUUGGACUAAUGGUUGCGAGUUCAAAUCUUACCACUGCCAAGCUGCCACUAUUGGGUCCUCGAGUAAGGCCCUUAACUCUCAGUUGUAUAAAUAACAUAAAUAUAUGUUGCUUUGGAUAAGAGGGUCUGCCAAAUGCUGUAAAUAUAUAUCCCCAGUGGCAUGUUUCAUAUUUUUACAUUUCUUGUUUUUUGACUGUUGCUUUUUCUUCAGAUUACAAUUAUGGACUAUAACAGAUUAUUGCCACCUACUGUACAUGUAAUUUGAUGCACGCUGUGAUUAUCUCUUAAGGGAACCCACAUUAAAUUACAUGCAUGUGUCCUGCAUGAUAAACCACUUUAUAAUCAUAGACAUCUAAUUGUAAAACGAUCACAUUUCACACUUUUUCCCUGGACCACACACACUACUAUGUCUCUAUUUGUGCUGUUUUGAGAACGAUCCCCAACCCAUACAUGAUCCGUGGUGGUCAUGUGGUGGUCAUGUGGUGGUCCGGUUCCGUUGACAGACCGAGUAAAGGGGGCUGAUAGAUAGCAUAAUCUAUAUGAUGGGUGAGACUAAUAAAUUAGUCAAUUCAUAUAGCUAAUAGGAGUGUUCUCCUAAGAACGCGGCACUUUAUUAGGAACACUUGUACACCUGCAAAUUGUUAAUACUUAUCCAGUCAGCCAACCGAUGUUCUACAGCAUAAUGCUUAAACUAUUGCAGAUACAGGAAAACAAAUCAUCUUAGUCACUUUGAUAUGGCAUGCAUUUUGGGUAUUUCCAGAAAGUGGAUCUCUUGAGAUUUUCACACACAACACUCACAAAACACAUUUUAAACAGAACACAGCAGUUCAGCACAGUGAGUGGAAACUCCGUGCUGAUGUGAGAGGAGAACAGCUAGACUGGGUCGAGCCUACAAGAAGGCCAAGUCAAGCCUAAGUCAAGUAAUCACUCAUUACAACAGUGGUUUUACAACACAUUAGGUUCUUCUCAAGUCAGCCCAGAACAGGAACCUACAGUAACAGGACAGUAACGGGAGGCUACAGUAGGCACAGGUUCACCCAAACUGGACAGGUGGAAAAAGACCAGGCAUCAGGUGCAGAUAUUCUAAUUAAAGCGAUUGUAGAUUAAGCAUUAAUAUAAUGAACCUGUUAAAUCUGCUUUCUGCAUUUGUUAAAAUAUGAUAAGAUAAAAGAAGAUGAGAUUAGAUGAGAUGAGAGAAACUUUUAUGAUCUCACUGUGGAGAAAUUCACUUAUCAUAGCAGCUCACAGACAGGUAUCAGUUUAAUAUAAGACACUAUCAACUAAAGUAAAAGAAAAAAAAACAGUACUGUAAUUAUAUACCGUACACCCUAGGACAAUAAAAUAAAUUAAAUGAUAUAAAAUAUUGCACAUUGACAUCACUGUAAUGCAGUGUUGUAAAGUCUGACUUAAAUGGAAACACAGACAUUUACGUUCAGGUUAAACUAUGUCUUAGCUCAUACCACUGGCUGUAGCAUUAUAACCAAUCUUCGUUGGAGUGUCUCUUAUAACAAACUGCUUUAGAAACAAAAGCAUCAUGAACUGCAGCAAAAAAGUCUCACUUUAACUUUCUGCUAUUAUUGUUUUCAUUCGACUUUGCUGUACAAGUUGUACUACAUGUAUUAGUCGUAACACAAAUAUGACAGCUACCUCAUGCGCUUUCUCUAAAGUGCCAAAUGCUUUGAGUCUCACAAUAUUCACAAGUGUUGUGCCAUAACUGCUUUGGUUGGUGUUAUGCAUAUAUAUAUAUAUAUAUAUAUAUAUACUGUAUUCUUUAUGUAUUUGUCGAUUGUUAUUGUUACUGAGCCAAGCACUUAUGAACCAAUGGAUUUACUGAUUGAUUAGGAAACAAUAUCUCUAUGGAUAAAUUAAUUGGCAGUUUAAACAAGCAAUCGGUGAACGAAACCUUGAAUUUUUUAACACAAUGCUUAGCCUUUAAAAAAAAAAAGCUUUAUUUCUUUAAGAAAUAUCAUUUGAAAACACUUUCCUUUUGAAGCAUUGCAAUUUUGCAAUGAUCUUUCCAUAUGAGCGCUAUCACUUUCAGUUGCAAUGCACAGACCUUUCCAAGUGACAAGUGUGACUUCCUGUAAAACAAUGCUAUUUUUCAACAUGAAAAGGAAAAAAUCCUAACAGCUCUGAGAGAAUGAGAAUUCAGAUCCAUUUGAUAGUAUUUACAGUAACAUGUUUGAUAGCCGAAUCGACUAGGACCAUUACAGUUCUACUUUAUGUCCGUGUAUUGUCCGUAUAUCUGUUUUAUACAUCCAACUCAGCCGUGCGUUCAUUCACAUGAAGUGCAAUAUCAUGUGUACUUUCCUAGUACAAGUGCGUUUAUUCAAAGCCUUUUAAUCACAUAAAGCUCAAUGUGGAUAAGAGGCUAAUGAGACCGGUGUGGAAUAACGCUGUAUAAUAUGAACACUUUUGUUCCUGCUUCUUCGCAUCGCACUAAAAAGCAACAGUACAGUACAUAAGUUGCUCGAGUAGUUUAUAAAACUAAAAACAACAAAAAAGGCUAGUGAGAAUGGAAGCGUAUACUGUAUAUGCAAAAUAAAAUUCAUAUUUAAAUAAGCUUUUCAAUAUAGACUGCACUGAAUCCUGUUCUCUGUGCAGAAAGUCUGCUUUUCCAGAAUCACAUCUGAUUAUUUGCUUGAUUUUGGAUAUUUUUACCCACAAUUCAUGUAGCAUCCACUAUGUUCAAGCUAGGCAGAAUCCCAAAUGUUUUCCUACUAACUAUAUACUGUAUGUUCACUACAUAGCAUACAACAUAAUUGAAAGGGUUUGUUGAAUCAGUACACACUGCAUAAAAGCUGUGAAUUUAAGAUAUAUAUCAGAUUCAUGGAAAAUACCAAGUGAUGCUCUUUUGAUAUUUAAUGUAGGAUGUGGUUUAGCAGUUUAUCAGACAGGAAACGUUUUGAAGAAACAAUGAGGAGCCAACGACCAACCUUUUAGAAAUAAUGGUCACUUUUCAGAAGACAGUUGCACUAAUAGAAUUUAAGAUUGAUUGUUGUCUUGUUGCAAAUUUCAACGUAACAGACAGCACCAUAGGGUGCGUCUCAAUUGUCUCCACAGCUUACUAGGUCGGGAAUCAGUAUACAAUGUUUAGGACCCUGGUUCACUACACAUUGGUACACUGAUGACUCUGGUAACAUGACUACCCAGAAAACCCAAAAUAUUGAAGUCGUUUAUAUUGAUAUGUUUAUUUUGUCCACAUUCUACUAAUUACGGGGCAGUGGUAGCUCAAGUGGUUAUGGCUCUGGGCUGUUGGUUGAAGGAUCAGGUUUCAAGCCCCAGCACUGCCAAGCUGCCACUGUUGGGCCCUUGAGCAAGGCCCUUAACCCUCCCUGCUCCCGUGGUGCUGUAUCAUAACUGCCCCUGCGCUCUGACCCCAACCUUCAGUUGGGAUAGUCCACUGUGCUGUGAUGUACAGUAUAUGUGGCGAUAAUAAAGGCUUCCAUGUCUCCCAAUUCAUAUAAUUUUGGAUUAUGCACCUCAAAGUGCCUGUGGUGCCAAAAUUUUUCUAUAUAGCGUUAAGUUUAAAUUAAUUACUCAAAUCAUAUGGUUUAGGACAGAUUUUACAGACUGAUUUUGCAAUUUAACUCAACUGGAAGUUCAAGCCCUACGUACUUGAAAUUUUGUAUUUAUAAGCAUAUUUAAUUCACUUUGUUAGGAGCAGGUUGGAGGUGUACCUUCUCUUAAUUACUGUAACUACAAAAAAUACAGAAGUUUUUUUAGCUCUACUCCUAGAAAAUAAAGAACAAACAAUGUGCAUCAGGUGUGUUUUUUAUUUUUUUAACUGUUUUUAAUCAUUUCAUGAAGCCACCAUAAUCCUUAAUGUUACAUAUUAUAUUAUAAUUGUACAAUGCUAUUGUGUUUUUUUUUUUUUUUUUUGGUGCAUAGUUAACGUUUAGUAUUAUCUCUCUUUCUCUCUCCCUCUUUCUCUGUCAUGUUCCUCAGACAUGCAGUCUGCCAUGUUUACUUACUAAAACGUCCCCAAUUCGAAAUCUCUGAGCUUGAAGAAAACCCACACUUGUAAUGUUUGUUUAACUCGAAAGCACAACCUUUCCGUCAUGACUUGAGUCGAACGCACCAUAAGUCCAACUAGUGCAACAGGCUACUGGACAUGCCUGGACAGUCUAAAACACUGUGUGUUCACUGUAUAGUUUGUGUUCAUGCUACUUUUUUGGUCUUCUUUCCUGCUUAGUUUAAUGUUUUUUCUAUUCCCAAACUCAUUUAAUCCAGCUUGUUAACUUAGCAACAUAAGCUUGCAGUAAGUCUUCAGUAAGCUUCAGUAUCAGAUCAGUAUCAGGUAUCAACAGAUGCCUUUAAAAAUAUAUAUAUCAAACAUUUCAUUGAGUUAUAUGUACAUAAGUACAUAUUUUUUAUCCUCAGAUGUUAAGUUUUAAAAUUCUGCAGAUGUGUAUGUGUGUGUAUAUAUGUUUAUAUAUUCUAGUAUUCAGGCCUAGAUUAAUGAUGUGGCACUCCUGGACCUGGACUUGAGUCUAAUUAUGUUUUUUAUAGUCAUUUCAUGACUUUUGACUCAGCUUAGACUCUGAGCUUAACCCAAAUUUGGAAUAGCCCAUGCUUUUAAGUGAAGCUUAUUAUUGGCAGCAUUAAGUAUUAUUACUCAUAUGCUCUUAUGUGAGUCAUUAAUGGAGAGUUAAUCAUGUAUAUUUAAUUAUCUCUUGACAAAUUAAACCACAUUUAAAGACUUCACUUGCAUUCAAUUUAAGUCGUAUAUUUACCAUCUGUUUAAUGGUAAUGCGGAUGUUGUUGUUGUUGUUGUUGCUGAAUUCUGGCAAACUGACAAAAUACUGCUUAUAACCGUUAAAUCUGGCACCUCUAUACUAUAAAACUAUAAAUAUACAGUGAUUCACCAAAAUGACAUUAUGUGCUGUAAUGAAAAGGACAUUCAAGCCUAAACAAUUCAAUCUGUGGUCCGAUAACCGGCUGUCAAAAUGUCCAUACUACUUCUGCACAACAGUCAGAAAGAAAGCUUUAAAUAUCAUUUUCUCAGUUUCCUCUUUUGGUGGCAAAACUUAUAGCUUUACUUGUGGUUGCGAUAUGUAAAAGAUUUCUAUAUCAUUCAAAAUGUCAAAUUUUGAGUUAUCUCAGGCCAACACACAUCAGUAGGAGGCAGAAUUUCUGUUUCAGCUUGCUUAGCUUAGUCUGUAUGCAUGGUUAAUGGAGCACUGUCUGACAUUAGCAUACAGUAACCCAUUUUCAGGCUAUUUUUUCCUCUGUCUCUUAUAAACAAUUCCAGUUACUGGUAAAGCUUUGUUGAUGUACCAAAACUUAGACACCAUUAUGUCUUAAUUUCAUUCAGUCCCAGACCAGGACAACUUAGCAUUUCUGUAUAUCUGUAAAAUUGCUUGAGAAUCGAUUAUCCUGUAUUUGUAGUUGUCUUUUACCUUUGUCCUAAAGAUGCCCUGGUGCCGUUGACCAACGGAGCACAUGGGUUCACGAGUGGAAAGUGGUUUGUCUGGCAGUUUUGGUUCCUCUCUUAGAACAUACUGCUCUUACUGUGCUGAGAGAAGUUUGAAGGUGAAAUCAUACUUGUUUUUACAUUUCGAUUCCUGGACUAUGAUUGUCACAUAGUAUUUUAUUGUAUUGUGUCUACAAGACUAUUUAUUGUAUUCAUGUGUAAACUGUGAGACAAUAAAGUAUUUUUCUUUAUAAACUUG